AUGAGCGUGAAUCUUGAUCAAAUCGAGUUCUACCAUGGCCCAAGUCGCCCGCCGCCUUAUACCAAUGCAAAAAGCGUGCCGCCCGACCACGUCCCGGCUCAUGUACCGCCAUGCUUCCAGCAGACCUUUCCCGCUGGGUUCGGCUUCCGUCCAGAACCGUGGGAGGUACCUCUAGGACAGUCACUGCCCCUGGCCGGUACAACUCAUGAGUGGAACAUAUUUGAUUUCGAGAUCAAUAAUGUAUAUGGUCCCACUCUUCCUGAAACGAGGAAAGAUGUCGAACUCGCAGUGACACCAGCUAUUCCAGCUGCCCGUGAUAUUCUGUUAGAUCGUGGAAGUUCCGCACUGGCCUUCGCAGAGCCAGUGCCAUUGACAGACUCCGCCAAAACAAUCCCAUGUCCUGCAGGGCCAAACUCCCUCGAGCACAUUUCUCCUGAUAUGCGGGGAAAUGAUUUGCAAGGUAAGUUGGCACAUCACAUGGCGAUGAAAGUCGGUCAUCAUACUCUCAGUGUCUGA